AUGACUGCUCCCAAAACUUUCGGAUACUGUUCUGGGUACUUCAUGGACUCCUGCACCGGGAUGAUCAGUCCAAUACCUUCAAACGCAAAGAUGGCAACUCCCACAAACAGGGACCAUUUGUCCUGGUUGAAAAGAGCCACUGGCGAAGGGCCGGUCUCAAUUAGGUCCAACGAGGCAUACUGGUUAUCGCCCUGUGGCUCGCCACGCCCGAAAGCGGAAUUAUCCUCCACGUCCGAUGAGGUGGACGAGGGAGGCGAUGCGUGGAUAAUAACCGGUCUUCCGCGGGUAGCCGUUCCUGGACUUGCUCGGUCGUCAAUAACCGACGAGCUAGAAGAGUCUGUUCUUCUUUGUGCUAAAGCAGAUAAUGGGGCUGUGGAUCCCAGCGGCGACGCUGCCAAACGGGCCAUCGAGGCUCUUCUACUGGCGUCUCUGCUGGACCCACGCGAAUCUGACCCAUUCCUGCUGAGAAUUGGCACGGCUCCGGAAUAUCUUCUUGGCGGUGACUCUCCCAUGAUGACAAUCUAA